AUGCGCAAAGCAAAAAUAAGCUUUGAAUAUCCCUUCAAAACUUAUACUCGUCGUGCUAGGAUUAUAAUAGAUGAUAUGAGUAUUCCAUUAAUCGAAGAAAAUAGUAAUAAAGCCAGCUCUAGUAAAUCCAAUUCUGAAACAGAAAUCAAUAAACCUCCAAUUCAAAGCUUUACUUCCUUAUCUAAAUUCAAUUUCCGCAGUUGCCCUCAAAAGAAAAAAAGAAAGUCCAAGCAUUAUAUAACUGCCUUUGAUGAGAAUAAAUCUGAUCUAAAUUUAGAGAAGUUUAUAGAUAUGUUUAAGAAAUUAUCUAUAGAGACUAAUUUAUCCAGCUUCGAUUCAGAAUCCACGGGUUCAGACUGGUAUGAUCUCGAUUCAAUAAAAUCCCGAAAGAAUCGUGUUCAUAUUAAAAAGAAAAAGGUUGACUCUCCUAUCCGAAAACUUC